AUGAGGGCCGUGAGCUUGCUUGCGCUUUUGCUCGCAUGCACUCUGCUGCUGGGGCAAUGCCGGGCUGAGGGGCACCACGGCAGGAAGCUGCAGGAGAUCGUCCGGGACAGCAUCCGCAAUGAUCCCCGGUCCCUGAUCCCGCUCCACCAGCCGUUCGCGUUCGACGGCCACGGCGUUAUUGACAUCAAAGUCCUGGAGGACGAAAUCUCCGUGCCGGAGGGCGUCGCGCGGCCGAACCGGGCCAACCUGGCCGUCGUCGGCGUCCCCGAGAGCCGCGAGAGCCACCUGGAGACGACGCUGAUGGCCGGGGAGUGCCCGCUCAACGGCGAGGACGUCUGGGAGCUGUUCAACUUCCAGUCCGUGACCGACCACCCCGAAGAGGGCAAGGAGUUCCACUUCCACGUGGACACCCCCGAGGGCGUGAUCGGGCGCUGGACGCUGUACUUCGUCAAGUGCGAGCCCGAGGCGACGGUUUCGUUCGACAUUGAAGUCCAGCUCUACAACAUGCUGCCCGACGGCACCCGCUCGUACGUGUCGGUCGGCGAGGACGGCGUGGCGUUCAUCACGAUGGCCUUCCUCUGCGCUUACUUCGCCGGCCUCGUCUCGUGGGUCGGCCUGUGCAUCAAGCAGCGCUCGGACACCCACAAGAUCCACCACCUGAUGACGGUGCUGGGCGUCGUCAAGGUGCUGACGCUGCUGACGCUGGCGGGCAUGCAGUUCGUGCUCGCGCGCACGGGGCACUACGAGGGCUGGGACAUCGUGUACUACUUCUUCAACGCCGUUCGCGCGCUGCUGUUCUUCGUGGUGAUCAUUCUGAUCGGCGCGGGGUGGUCCUACAUGAAGCCGUUCCUCGCGGACCGCGAGAAGCGCAUCGUGAUGAUCGUCAUCCCGAUCCAGAUCCUCUGCAACAUCGCCCUCAUCGUCACGCGGGAGGAGGGCCCCGCGGCGCGCAACUGGAUCACGUGGUGGGACCUCCUCAUCAUCCUCGACGUCGUCUCCGUCGUCGUCAUCCUCCUCCCGAUCGUCUGGUCCAUGCGCCACCUCAAGGAGGCCGCCAAGGCCGACGGCAAGGCCGCACGGAACUACCGCAAGCUGGAGCUCUUCCGACAGUUCUACAUCGUGGUUAUUGCGUGGAUCUACUUCUCGCGCAUCAUCGCGUUCCUCCUCCUCCAGACGCUCUCGUUCCGGUACGCGUGGGUCGCGGACCUCUUCCGGGAGGGCGCCACGCUGGCGUUCUACAUCUACGUCGCGAUGAUGUUCCGCCCGACGCGACACAACCCGUACCUGAGCAUCGAGAUGGCGGACUUCGUGCCGCCGCCGGACAGCGACGACGAGGGGGACGAGGAGGCGCCGCUGAACCGCGGGGCCGGGGGAGACUCGGCGGAGGCGCAAGGCAAGGGAGACUAG